CAAAUCCGAAGCAUCCGUUAUUUGGAUGUGAAUCAGGUGUUCGUAGCACUGGGAUCGCUGCUGGCAAGGAAGUUGAUGGUGAUACCGGCGGACUGUUGUUUCACUGUGUGCUAGCGGUUCUUCUGCACUCGCACGCAAUCUCGCUCGAACAGUCGUUUACAAGUUGUGGCGAAGAAAAUGAGUGUCAGUAAGCGCGCUGGCACCAAAACCCGAGGACAAGUUAACGACAAUGACGCGGAGUCUGAUUGUGACACGGAUAAGCUAUCAGGGAGCGAAUCCCCACCGGUGUGCGGCAAGUCACCGGACUUCGACAUCCCGGAUAUGAUGCUGGAGCCAAUGGCUGGGACGGGGGUCGAGGGGUACCAAGAAGCUGCGGAGACAAUCAUCGAACAUUGCAGGGAGAAGGCCAAGGUGAUGGGCAACGAGAUAUCUGCUCCCUACGAGGUGCCACAUUUUCCCAUCGAACUGCACCAGUCACGGAAAGUGAUACAGAAGCAGCUGUACACCAGAGCUCAGAAAGAGCUUGAAGAACGCAAAAGCUAUUACGAUGGUGACCUGACAGAGAUGGAAAUGCAUUGGACGAAGCUGAAUGACCUGGACUUCGUACCACACUUCCAGAGAGUUGCCAUAAGUGGUGAAGACACUUCAGGAGUACCUAUUGAAGAUCUUCACCAGGCAUCAAAGCUACUUGUGUCAGCACUGAGACUCAGAGAAAAGUACAUGGAGACUUCUCAACAGAGCUUUCCCAGAGUAACGAAAAGGUUCCUCGCUCCAUUAAAAGGAAAACAUCCAGUAGAGCCAGAGACUCCAGACGAAGUUCUAAACUCUGCAGGUCCAAAGAAGGACGCAGCCAAACAGCAUAAAAGUAAAGACCACCCAUUUUAUUCUGUGCCAACUGUAACAGAACCCUGGAAUUGUGAAAUACUUGAAGACAUGAAGUGCAUCUUAAAGAUGUAUAAUGGUGUAGUGCACGUCUACAGAACCGAAGAAGAUCUUAAGAAUGAAAAGCCAGCUGAUUACCCAUAUAUUAACCUAUCUCAGUUCAUUAAUGACCUGAACCUCAUGUGUGCCAUGAUAGCAGAUGGGCCACUGAAAUCUUUCUGCUACAGACGGCUCAGCUAUCUAUCUUCAAAGUUUCAACUUCAUGUCUUGCUAAAUGAAUUGAGAGAACUGGCAGCACAGAAAGCUGUUCCUCAUAGAGACUUUUACAACAUACGAAAGGUUGACACCCACGUUCACGCUGCAUCAUGUAUGAACCAGAAGCACCUUCUGAGGUUCAUCAAGAAAAUGAUGAAAAUGCAUGCCACCGAUUAUGUCUGCAAAGUUGGAGAUAGACUGAUGACACUUCAGGAGUAUGGAUCAUUCAGUGAAGGAUUUGAUGGAAAGGUUUUUGAGACCAUGAGUGUCACUGCUUAUGACCUCAGUGUGGACAUGCUGGAUGUACAUGCGGAUAGAAACACAUUUCACCGUUUCGACAAGUUCAACACGAAGUACAACCCAAUUGGUGAAAGCAGACUCAGAGAAAUUUUUCUCAAGAGUGAUAACUUUAUUGGAGGUUUAUACUUUGCUGAAAUACUGAAGGAGGUGAUGAGUGAUUUAGAAGAGAGUAAGUACCAGAAUGCAGAAUUUAGGCUCUCAAUCUAUGGAAAAUCAAGAGAAGAAUGGGAUCGUCUAGCCAAAUGGGCAGUGAAGAAUACUAUGUACUCUGAUAAUGUUAGGUGGCUGGUGCAGGUUCCUAGACUAUAUGAUAUCUUCAGGUCAAACAAGCUUGUGAACAACUUUGAGGAAAUCCUGGAGAAUAUUUUUAUGCCUCUGUUUGAGGUAACCAAUAACCCAAGCUCGCAUCCAGAACUGCACCAAUUCCUGCAAUAUGUUGUUGGAUUUGACUCUGUUGAUGACGAGUCAAAGCCAGAGUAUCCCAUGAUCGAUAAAGAUGUGCCUCUGCCAAAACAAUACACCGACACUGAAAACCCUGCAUACAACUACUAUCUCUAUUUCAUGUUUGCGAACAUGUCUGUGCUGAACCACUUCCGCAAGGAACGUGGAUUGAACACGUUUGUUCUUCGACCACACUGUGGAGAGGCUGGCCCUGUGCAGCACCUGGUUGGUGGCUUUCUGCUGUCUGAAAAUAUCAAUCAUGGGCUUCUACUUCGAAAGGUCCCUGUGUUGCAGUAUCUUUACUACCUUGCACAGAUUGCGAUUGCAAUGUCCCCUCUGAGCAACAACUCACUAUUUCUGAACUACCACCGCAAUCCUUUGCCUGAGUACUUGAGUCGAGGCCUGUGUGUCUCGCUCUCCACAGACGAUCCUCUGCAGUUCCACUUCACAAAGGAGCCCCUGAUGGAGGAGUACAGCAUUGCUGCACAAGUCUGGAAAUUGAGUAGCUGCGACAUGUGCGAAUUAGCACGCAACAGUGUUGUAAUGAGUGGCUUCCCUCACAAGGUGAAGCAGUACUGGCUUGGUCCUAACUACCAGAGAGAGGGUCCUGGUGGAAACGACAUCACUCGUACCAACGUUCCGGACAUUAGAGUGGCUUACCGAUAUGAAACACUGCUGGAUGAACUGUCAACAAUCUUCAAAACUAUUCAGCCUUCACCGUAGAAGGCAUCCUUGUUGUAACCAUGUAGAACAACGUGCAAGGUCACAUCUCUGAGUCAUGCAUAUAGUGAACUACAGAACCCAGCAUCUGUAAAACUUGCACCCAUUCUGAAAUGUUGUAGACGUUUUUUGUGAAUAACUUGUAGCUGUACAUAAAAUGAGCACAAAUGUAUUGGGAAGAAAAUGGGUUUUUAUAAACUACAUGAGUCAAUAUGUAUUUUAUGUAAGCGGUUGCUAGUUAUUUAGAAUAAAUAAAGUCAGGUGGCUCGAAA